AUGGAUGAAGAUUUACUUGAUUCACCGAUUCCUUUAAUUCUUGCUAUAGGAUUUUUGAUCGCCGGUGUGUUUUUAAUAGUUUACGGAAUUAUUAUGGGCAAUGAUUCUUCAAUGAAAACUCCAAUGGAAUAUUUACCGAAUCAAAUUUCAUUCUUUGCAAUACCUCAAGAUAUUACAAAAGAUAGCAAUAGUAAAUCUAGUGAUAAUAAAACCGAAAAUUCUGUUGAAACUAAGGAAAUAAUUUCAAAUCAAGAAAAAGUUUCGAAACAACGAUUUAUUCCAAGCUGUUUGCCAGACUCCAUGCUUCCUAUAGCAUACCGAACUAGAAAUGUUACUGAUUCUUCAACAGUUGUCCCAAUUUAA